UUAAUCAUCAAAAUCAAGCAGCACUAUUAGCGUAAUAAUCCCAUUUCCAAAUGAGCCUUGUAGUUUUAGGGGGAGGAAGAAUACGAGGGUCUUCUCAUCCAAAUCAGACGCCCUUUCCCCUCUCUCACUCUCACUCCUCCACUCUCUCUCCAAUUCAAUUGCUUAAGCCCUUCUUCCCAGCGCUCUCUUUCCAUCGACCCGUUUCCUCUUUUCCUCCCAAAAAUCUCACGAUCUCAGAACGGAAUAGUAGUGUGUUGAGGGCACAAAAUAUUGAUUAUAAGAGUGAGAAGCAGCGGAGUUUGGAAUCUAUGGAUUCUAAGAAAGACUCUACGGAAUUAAAUAGAGAGCUCUACCUAGAUAUAGAGCCAUAUAGUACUGGUUUCCUGAAGGUUUCAGAUCUUCAUACUAUAUACUGGGAGCAGUCAGGGAAUCCCAACGGGCAUCCAGUUGUUUUUCUCCAUGGAGGCCCAGGAGGUGGAACUUCACCAAAUAAUCGAAAAUUUUUUGACCCUGCAUUUUAUCGGAUUAUUCUAUUUGAUCAGCGAGGUGCAGGAAAAAGCACACCCCAUGCUUGUUUAGUAGAGAAUACCACCUGGGACCUGGUGAAUGACAUUGAAAAGCUCAGAGAGCACUUACAAAUUCCAGAAUGGCAGGUAUUUGGGGGUUCAUGGGGGAGUACGCUUGCUCUUGCAUAUUGCCAGUCACACCCUGAAAAGGUCACUGGCUUGGUCCUGCGGGGGAUAUUUUUGUUGCGCAAGAAAGAAAUUGAUUGGUUCUACGAGGGUGGUGCUGCUGCUAUAUUCCCUGAUGCUUGGGAAUCCUUCAGAGAUCUUAUCCCGGAUAAUGAAAGGGGGUGCUUUAUCGAGGCCUAUCACAAAAGACUAAACUCUGAUGAUAAGGAUAUACAAAAUGCAGCGGCCAAGGCAUGGACCAAAUGGGAAAUGAUGACUGCACAUCUUCACCCAAAUGAAGAGAACAUAAAGAAAGGGGAUGAUGAUAUGUUCUCUUUGGCAUUUGCAAGGAUUGAGAAUCACUACUUCGUGAAUAAGGGCUUCUUUCCUACGGACUCAUUCCUGCUAGAUAAUGUUGAAAAGAUAAAGCAUAUUAACACAGUUAUUGUUCAGGUAUACCAUCCUUUUGUUGCAUCCAGUGUCAUACUUUUCAUGUCUUGCACAUCAAAUGAUGUAAAUAAAUAGAUGACUUGUUCUUACCCAGCAAAAGAAAUAUGAAUUCAAACAAAAUGCUGUAGAGAGGUUGCAAUGGUCUGGUUAAUUAAUCUUGUGGACUCUGGAGAACUAAGAAAUCUUGCUUCAACAGUUUGGUCCAUUUGACAGCCUAGAUACGUCCAUCUAAUUUUUGGCAUGAUCCCCGUGGAUGGGACUUGGAAUGUCUAUCUUCUCCUUCGAGCGAUGGAAGUUUGAAAUAUUAUUUACAGAGAGAUGGAAAAGGUUCAUAUUCUAGUCUUGCACCAAGUAUAGAUGGCACUUCCAAGAUUAAACUAUUG